AUGAACUCCCAACUGUCAGAAGAAUCUACGAAGGGGGACAAGGAAAAGGUUGAGGAGGUCAACGGAACCAACCCUCAACCUUUAAACCUUCAGCUUGACACUGGUGACGAGUAUACUAACUUUCGUCAAAAAUGGUGGCAGUUGUGGUUGCCUAAGGACCCACCACCUCCAGCUCCCCCGUCUCUGGAGGAUGCAGCGCUGACGCCUUUGGCCAAUGCUUCCAUUUUCUCUCAGCUCACGUACUCCUGGGUCACAGAUAUAACGAUUCUCGGAUAUCAGCGCACAUUACAAGCAUCUGAUCUACACAAAAUGGACCCAUCACGGGAGUCGACCGUCCUUGCCGCUAAACUUGAAGCUGCAUGGCAGCGGCGUGUCAAAGCAGCAGCCGAAUGGAACGCACGACUUGAGAGUGGAGAACUCAGACCGUCUCUCUUCAAACGUACCGGCUGGGCCAUGCGUGCACUUUCAAGCAAUGAUCAGAAACAAGGUGCGACUCGGUCUGAGCGAUAUGCAACAUUUCAGAACCAUUGGCGAGAAUCCGAAGGGCGGAAAGAGGCCAGCCUCGCUUGGGCUUUGAAUGAUGUCUUUCGUGGGAUGUUCUGGAUUGGAGGUAUAUUCAAGGUCUUUGGUGAUACUGCGCAGCUCAUGGGUCCAAUCGUCCUUCGGCAAAUCAUUCUCUUUGCCGAGGAGCGUUCCGUUGCAAUCAUUGCAGGAACACCUGGCCCUAAUAUCGGUCGCGGGAUUGCCAUGGCCUUUGGGCUCUUUGGGCUCACUGUGAUGGCCAGCAUCUGCACCCACCAAUUCUUUUGGCGUUCGAUGGCAACAGGGGUCCUGGCCAGAGCCGCACUGAUAACAUGUAUUUACGAGCGUGGAGUGAACCUGACGGGCAAAGCGCGCGUUAAAAUCAACAACGCCACGCUCGUGAAUCAUAUUUCUACUGAUGUGAGCAGGGUUGACGCGUGUGCGCAGUGGUUCCAUGCAGCCUGGACCGCGCCUAUUCAGGUCACAGUUUGUUUAAUCAUUCUCUUGACUGAGCUCGGGCCGUCUGCACUCGCUGGAUUCUCGCUGUUCAUACUCAUGAUUCCGAUUCAACAGUGGUUAAUGACACUGCAACAUCGUAUCCGCUUAGUGUCAAUGAAGUGGACUGAUCAACGAGCUAAAGUUCUGCUAGAAGUACUUGGGGCUAUGCGGGUCGUCAAGUACUUUUCAUACGAGGUUCCUUUCCUUCAAAGAAUUUUCGACCUUCGAAAGAAGGAACUGCAUGGUAUUCGAUGGAUUCUUCAUCUAACUUCGGCGAACUUGGCGCUCGCGACUUCGCUGCCAGUCCUCGCUGCCACACUAGCUUUCGUCACGUACACCCUCACAGCCCACGACUUCAACGUUGCCGUUAUAUUCAGUUCGCUGAGUUUGUUCCAGCUUCUCCGGCAACCAAUGAUGUUCAUGCCUCGGGCUCUAUCGGCUAUCCCCGAUGCAUCCAGCGCGCUUCAGCGGCUCACACGAGUGUUCCGCGCGGAGCUUAUUUCCGGAGAUACACUCUUGAUUGAUAAGGACCAAGAACCCGCGCUUUUGACGAAGGGCGCAACAUUUGAGUGGGAGUCCUAUGAAAAAGAUUCUGGUGAGGCCUUUAGCUCGAAGGGUCCACCGAGGGGUAAGGACAGGAGUGUGAAAGAGGACACGGCGAAGGAAAAGUCCACUCCCGGAAAAGAUACACCUCCUUUCCAGGUAAAGAAUGUGACCAUGACAAUUCCACGAGGUCAACUUGUUGCUGUAGUUGGGCCUGUUGGGAGCGGCAAGUCCAGUUUAUUGCAAGGACUGAUAGGUGAGAUGAGGAAGGUCUCCGGGCAUGUCUCGUUCGGCGGUCGCGUUGGAUAUUGUCCGCAGACCGCAUGGAUCCAGAAUGCUACAUUGCGCGAUAAUAUUACUUUUGGUCAACCAUUCGAGGAGGACAGAUAUUGGCGCGUUAUUGAAACCGCUUGCCUACUUCCAGAUCUCCAACUGCUCCCAGAUGGGGAUUUGACUGAGAUCGGAGAAAAGGGAAUCAAUCUCAGCGGUGGCCAAAAGCAGAGGGUCAACAUUGCUCGUGCCCUUUACUUUGAACCUGAAAUCGUCAUAUUUGAUGACCCGCUCUCGGCAGUGGAUGCUCAUGUCGGAAAGUCGUUAUUCCAAGAUGCCAUCGUGGGUGCCCUGCGAAAUCGCGGCAUUACCGUCAUUCUGGUCACGCAUGCGAUCCACUUCCUCUCCCAGGUAGAUUAUAUCUAUACCCUGAACAACGGCGUCAUCACGGAGAGUGGAACCUAUGAGGAUCUGGUCUCUCAAGGUGGUGAUUUUGCGCGUUUGGACCUAGAGUUCGGUGGCCAUGCAUCGGAGGGGGAAGAUGAAGACCAGGAAGAGGAAGAGGAAGUCACUCCGCAGACAGGCAUUACGAUCGAGGAUGUGAAGCUGAAGUCAGAAAGAGCCAGAGAACGGGCUUCUGGCAGUGGGAAACUCGAAGGUCGCUUGAUCGUCAAAGAGAAGCGGUCGACGGGCUCUGUGUCCUGGGCAGUGUACUGGACAUACUUGGCUGCGGGACGCGGUUCAAUAACAGUUCCCCUGCUUGUUCUCUUUAUGCUUGCAAUGCAGGGAAGCCAGAUCUUGAACUCGUACACGCUAGUUUGGUGGGAGGCCAACAAAUUCGACAGACCAAAUUCGUUCUAUCAAACGCUGUACGGCUGUCUAGGGGUCGCUCAAGCGAUCUUCGUAUGCUUGCUUGGUGCUGGAAUGGAUUUCAUUUCAUAUUAUGCAUCUCAAAGCCUGCACCACAAGUCCGUGCGCAACGUCUUUCAUGCGUCUAUGUCCUUUUUUGACACCACACCUAUGGGCCGAAUCCUGAGCAUUUUUGGCAAAGAUAUCGACGGUAUUGACAAUCAACUACCACUCGUCAUCAUGCUGUCCAGCGUGGUUGGCUCUAUCGUCAUCGUUUCUGUCCUUGAACCGUACUUUGUUAUCGCUGUGUUCUUCAUUGCUAUCGGUUACGGCUACUUUGCUGCCUUUUAUCGAGCUGGUGCUCGCGAAGUCAAGCGUCUGGAUUCUAUGCUUCGCUCUCUUCUGUAUGCCCACUUUUCGGAGACCUUAACAGGACUGCCCACAAUCCGCAGCUACGGAGAAAUGAAGCGGUUUAUUGCUGCCAAUAGAUACUACAUUGAUCUGGAGGACAGAGCUCUAUUACUCGUGGUCACGAACCAGAGGCAAGUUGCUCUUCUCGCGGUGAUCGACGUCUCCGGGAUAAACGCCGCUCAGAUAGGGUUGGUGUUGACGUAUACCACCUCGCUGUCGCAAAUGUGUAGUCUGGUAACCAGACAGACAGCAGAUGUUGAGAAUUACAUGAAUUCAGUGGAGCGACUGGUACAGUACGUCGCAGGCGAUAUGGUACCUCAAGAGGCUCCAUAUGAGAUCGAAGAACGAAAGCCCCCGGCGCAAUGGCCUGAACAUGGUGCCGUCGAAUUCAACGACGUUAAGAUGGCUUACAGGCCGGGCCUUCCCAACGUAUUGAAGGGCAUCUCCAUCAAGAUCAGGGGAGGCGAAAAGAUAGGUGUCGUUGGAAGGACUGGUGCUGGUAAAUCUUCAUUGAUGCUUGCACUGUUUCGAAUUGUUGAGGUGUCUGGUGGUUCAAUCACUAUUGAUGGUGUCGAUAUAUCUACGCUUGGUCUUAAAGAUCUCCGCUCCAAGAUUUCGAUUAUCCCACAAGACCCCCUUCUAUUUAGCGGGACCAUGCGCUCCAACCUGGAUCCAUUCUCCCAACACAGUGACGCGGUGCUAUGGGAUGCGCUGCAUCGGUCUUGUCUGCUUGAUUCUAGUAUCACCUCGAAACAGUCAUCUUCUAGUGAUGGCGUCGGGAGCGAGCAAGCUCCCACCAACCGCUACGACCUUGACAGUACUAUUGAGAGUGAGGGAGCGAAUCUCAGCGUAGGGGAGAGAUCUCUGCUCAGUCUGGCUCGUGCGUUGGUGAAAGACUGCAAGGUCGUUGUGCUUGAUGAGGCUACAGCCUCUGUCGAUCUCGAUACUGAUAGCCAGAUCCAGCACACUAUCCAGACGGAGUUCCAGGAUCGCACGCUACUUUGUAUUGCCCACCGACUUCGUACUAUCAUUUCAUAUGACCGGAUUUUGGUUCUUGACGCUGGCCUUGUUGCUGAAUUCGAUACUCCAUCCAAUCUUUUCAAAAUGGAGGGUGGCCUUUUCCGCGGAAUGUGUGAGAGGAGCAAUAUCUCGUUGAAAGAUAUACUAGAGUCGAGUAAACAGCUUUAG